UUUCUCUCUCUCUCUCUCUCUCUAUAUAUAUGCCGCAGCAACAGUGUCGGCCACUGGGAAGAAGGUAGUCGUCUAUGCUUCUUGGGAGCCUCCGGUCUAGCGUCGAGGAGGAGGAGGAGCGGGGGGCGACGACGACGACAUGGUGUUCAAGGGCAGGUUCUUCUCCUCCAAGAAGUCGGACUCCUCCAGCCCCGACGGAUCCAACAGCCCCCGAUCCCUCGGAUCCAACUCCCCGAUCCGAUCCGACAAGAGGAAGCCCAAGCCCGCCUCCAAGCUCGACGACUCCGCCACCUCCGCCGCCUCCGCCGCCGCCGCCGCCACUUCUUCCUCCUCCUCCUCCUCCGGGUUCCCCUCCCCGUGUCGUCAAACCCAAGUCAAGGACGGUCAGAAGAAGAAGGAUGCCAGGGGCAAGGAGCCCGAGAAGCCGAGCCAGGCUCACGCCCCGCAGAAGCACAACCCGGUGUCUUUCAAGUCGGGCUCGUCGCUCGGGUCCAAGUCCAAGAAAGGGACGGUAGCCGCCGCCGCCGCGGCGGCGGCGACGGCGACGGGGACGAACCCGGUUGAGGAGAAGGAAGCGCCGUCUUCGGUGUCGCCGAUAUUGGCUUCCUCGUUGGGAUUGAAUAGGAUAAAGACGCGGUCCGGCCCGCUGCCGCAGGAGAGCUUUUUCGGGUUUAGGGGUGAGAAGGGGUCGGGUUUGGGGGCAAGUAAUCUCUCCAGGCCGAGUGUAAAUGUCGGGGAUCGGAGUUCGGGGUCGGCGAAUUCGAGUUCCGGUAGUGGUGGUAAGAAGAAGGAAGUGGAGUUUGCUCCUAGCAGAAUGGGUGUUCCUCAGGACAAUGCGAGGUUUGGAAAUUGGGUUGAAAAUGGGACCAAUUCCGACGGUGUGUCGCCAGGGAGUGUGCUGUCAAGGGAUCAGAGCCCCAAUUUGCCCGCAGCUUCCAGUUUGGCAAAUGCCGAAUCAUCUUCUGAAGCAGGCCAUGUGGAUUCAUCGUGGGGCCGUGCUGGAGACAUAAGAAGUUCAGAUGUUUGUACACCGGAGGAAUCGGAGUCUCCCCGUUUUCAAGCGAUUCUCCGUGUGACAAGUGCACCAAAGAAGCGAUUUCCUGGUGAUAUCAAAAGUUUCUCACAUGAGUUGAACUCAAAAGGUGUGCGGCCUUUCCCAUUUUGGAAACCUCGUGGCUUGAAUAAUCUGGAGGAGAUUCUGGUUGUAAUCAGAACCAAAUUUGACAAGGCCAAGGAAGAAGUCAACUCUGAUCUGGCUAUCUUUGCUGCUGAUUUGGUGGGAAUUCUUGAGAAAAAUGCUGAAACUCAUCCUGAGUGGCAGGAGACCAUUGAAGACCUGCUGGUGUUAGCUCGUAGCUGUGCUAUGACAUCACCUGGAGAGUUUUGGCUUCAGUGUGAAGGAAUAGUUCAGGAGCUUGACGACAGGCGCCAAGAACUUCCCAUGGGAAUACUGAAACAACUUCACACAAGAAUGCUUUUCAUCCUGACAAGGUGUACUAGGUUGUUGCAGUUCCAUAAGGAAAGUGGAUUGGCCGAGGAUGAGCAGUUCCUGCAUCUUCGUCAGUCCAGGGUGCUGCAUUCUGCUGACAAGCGAUUUUCGCCCAGCAUUGGGAGAGAUGGUAAGAGUUUGAGUGCAGCAAAGCCCUCAAAAGCACCUUCAUCCAGGAAAUCUUAUAGCCAAGAGCAGCAGCAUGGCUUGGAAUGGAAGAGAGAACGUCCCAUGCAGAGAGAUGAUGUUCUCUCUCCUCCAGCUAAUGACACUCCUAAGAACGAGUCACCUGGAGGUAGGAAUCGGAUGGCUUCAUGGAAAAAACUCCCAACUCCAGCUGGGAAAGCCUUGAAAGAGUCCGUCCCAGCGAAGGAGCAUCAUGAUAGUAAAGUUGAACCUGGAAAAGCGUUCAACAAUAGGAGAGGAAUGUCCGACGGGGAUGUUGCUGUGAAGUCUCCUGAACUCCUUUCUGCCCGAGAGUCUUCUAAGCAUCAGCACAAGGCUUCUUGGGGUUACUGGGGAGAUCAAGCACAUGCUUCUGAGGAAAGCACCAUAAUCUGUCGUAUUUGCGAAGAGGAGGUUCUUACUUCAUUUGUAGAAGAUCACUCUCGAAUUUGUGCAGUUGCUGACCGAUGCGAUCAGAAGGGUAUAAAUGUCAAUGAGCGUCUUCUCAGGAUAUCUGAAACUCUUGAAAAGAUGAUGGAGACCUUUCAGAAGGAUGCUCAACAUGUUGGCAGUCCAGAUGUUGCCAAGGUAUCAAAUUCAAGUGUCACUGAAGAAUCUGACAUACCCUCUCCGAAACUCAGUGACUGGUCAAGGAGAGGUUCAGAGGACAUGCUUGAUUGUUUCCAAGAUGUCGAUAACUCCAUUUUCAUGGACGAUAUGAAGGGUCUACCUUCCAUGUCAUGUAGAACCCGUUUUGGUCUUAAGUCUGAUCAGGGAAUGACAACAUCGUCCGCUGGAAGUAUGACACCUCGGUCUCCAGGAUUGACACCAAGAACCAGUCAGAUAGACUUGCUCUUGGCAGGGAAGGGUGCUUUCAGUGAGAAUGAGGAUUUCCCACAGAUGAACGAGCUGGCUGAUAUUGCUCGAUGUGUAGCAAGCACACCAAUGGAUGAUGAGAGAUCGUCACCCUUCUUACUGACCUGUCUUGAAGAUUUGAGGAUGGUUAUCGAUCGGCGGAAGUUUGAUGCGCUUACAGUGGAGACCUUUGGAACACGGAUUGAGAAGUUGAUACGGGAAAAGUAUUUACAGCUCUGUGAGCUGGUGGAUGAUGAAAAGGUCGACAUAACAAGUACUGUUAUCGAUGAAGAUGCUCCUUUGGAAGAUGAUGUGGUCCGUAGCUUGCGAACAAGUCCUGUUCAUUCUUCUAAAGAUCGAACAUCCAUCGAUGACUUUGAGAUCAUCAAACCAAUUAGCCGUGGUGCUUUUGGACGUGUUUUCUUGGCUAAAAAGCGAACGACUGGUGACCUUUUUGCAAUAAAGGUUCUUAAAAAGGCAGAUAUGAUUCGCAAGAAUGCUGUUGAAAGUAUUCUGGCUGAACGUGAUAUUUUGAUUUCAGUCCGUAAUCCUUUUGUGGUUCGCUUCUUUUAUUCGUUCACUUGUCGUGAAAAUUUGUAUCUUGUGAUGGAGUAUUUAAAUGGAGGAGACCUGUAUUCGUUGUUGAGAAAUUUAGGCUGCUUAGAUGAAGAAGUGGCUCGCGUGUACAUAGCAGAAGUGGUGCUUGCUCUUGAGUAUUUACAUUCUCUGCGCGUGGUUCAUCGUGAUUUGAAGCCUGAUAAUUUGUUGAUUGCUCACGAUGGUCAUAUCAAGUUGACAGACUUUGGGCUUUCUAAAGUUGGUCUCAUCAACAGCACUGAUGAUUUAUCGGGUCCAGCAGUUAGCGGCACAUCCAUGCUUGUAGAUGAAGAGCCUGAGCUAUCCAUGUCUGAGAGUCAGAAAGAAAGGCGGAAGAAACGUUCUGCUGUGGGCACACCCGACUAUCUGGCACCAGAAAUACUUCUGGGAACAGGACAUGGCACGACUGCUGAUUGGUGGUCUGUUGGUGUUAUAUUAUUCGAAUUGAUUGUUGGAAUUCCUCCAUUCAAUGCGGAGCAUCCACAGACAAUAUUUGAUAACAUUCUUAAUCGUAAUAUACCUUGGCCUAGAGUGCCUGAAGAAAUGAGCGCUGAAGCACAAGACCUAAUCGAUCGGUUACUGACCGAAGAUCCUCACCAGAGACUUGGAGCUAGUGGAGCAUGGGAGGUGAAGCAGCAUGUCUUCUUCAAAGAUAUCAACUGGGACACUCUUGCCAGGCAGAAGGCGGCAUUUGUCCCCUCUUCAGAAAGUGCCCUGGAUACGAGCUACUUUACAAGCCGCUACUCGUGGAAUACUUCAGAUGAGCAAUUUUAUCCUGACAGCGAAUUUGAGGACUUGAGUGACGAGGAUAGCUUGAGUGGAAGCAGUUGCCUCAGCAAUCGCCAAGAAGAAGUGGGAGAUGAAUUUGGGGGUCUUGCUGAGUUCGAGUCUGGCUCAUCUAUCAACUACUCAUUCAGCAAUUUCUCGUUCAAGAAUCUCUCUCAGUUGGCAUCGAUCAACUAUGAUUUGCUUUCUAAGGGAUGGAAGGAUGAUCCUCCGCCCAAUUCCGGUGCAUGAUUGCUUAUCUUCCCCCACAAAAGCGGGGAGGGAAUACUAUUGAACUUGGCUUGUGACGAGCUUUGGAGGGCACCGACUGACCUCGUCGCUGUUUAUAUACCCUGUACAUAGAUAGAAGAGACAUUGAUAGAGAAACCGUGCCGGAGAUGUGCUCUCUCUGCAGUUAGGAAUAGCUAUAUCUUUCUAAGGAUCAAACAUGGCGAUCUGAGAUGUCCCGGUAUGUGGAGAGCUAAUAAUCUUUUCCAUCCUAGAGGAAAAUACUUCUCCUGUCCCCUGACGAUCGUCUCACUUCUAAAGCAAUUGACCAUCGGUGCAACUUCCAUUUUUGUCCGGUGAAGAUUUCGUGUUCAUCGUGCUUCUCGGGCAUGCCAACUCGCGGAGGUGAAUAAUAGCGGUGAUAAUUGCCCGUCCCCUCUUUGAGAAGCGCCGAAUUAUACGUUCAUGUUCAUGAAUUGGAUGUGGACCAUGAAACUAUUCACAAGAGUCUUGAACAGUCGAUUUUAACGAGUAAUUGGAAAGCAUAUGUUUCCGCUCCAUCAUAGAUCUAAAUAUGUUCAUAUCAUAUAACUUAAUGAACCUUUUUAAGAUCCAUAUCAUCUUUUCUCUCCUAUGUGAAAGUGAGUCAAAUCAUAAUGACAAAUGUCCAAGAAAAUCUGCCUGGAGCAAGGUAUCUGAGAAUGCUAUUCAGAUAAAGAGAAAAUCAGACAGAUGAUUGGCCCACUAGCCUGGUGUACUGGUUUUCUGUGUGCCCAGAUGUUUUUGUAUUUAUGUGAUCAACAAAUCUUGUGUUUUUCCCCUCAUACAAAACUCUGUUCCAUGUUAAAAGGUGGAGAUGUGGGGGGGACAGCAUCAACCCAGACCCAAGAGACGAGACAAGAAAACCCUUCAAAAAGAUUUUAAUUAAAAAAAUUAGAACACAGAGGUGCAACUUUUUGUUUAUUUCCAUACCUUAUCUGACUCCUUGUUAUUGGAUCUUAUGCAACCAAUCUAAAAAAGAUAAGUAGAGAGGAACAGAGACAGGUCCCAGAGUUUUUCCGGGGCCUGAAUGAAAAACAAAAGCUUGAUUAUCAUAUCCACCAUGGACCACAUGAAAUCAGACUGAUGAUCUUGGCCAUGUCUAUGGAGCCAAGUUUGUCAACCUUUUUGUUAGGCACCAUAAAUUCACAUCCUUUUUAAAAAGACCCUCAAGUAGCUGCUGGGAAUCACACAUAUGAGGAGAAUCCUAUACAAACCCACCUGCCGCCACCACCUCCAGCACCAAUUUCAAAAUUUUAAAUUCAUCAAAGGAAAGCCUUUUACUUUUUUUUUUCUUUUCUCUUGCAGCAGGUACAAAGAUAUUCGAUUGGUUAGCUGUAAAUCAAUAAUUACAUUCUCAUAAGGUUCCCGAAGUUAAUAUUUUAUUUUAUUUUAUAACAAUUAUGGAGAUUUGCCAACCAUCGUGACAGAGAAAGCACAUGCUGCAAUAACUGUACCAACAAGUUGGCUCACUGCAAUGUUUGAUUAAAGACUAGUGAAUUAGCCAAAAAGAAACUUCUCCAAGGAGGCCACAAAUUCAACUUUAGACUUCAGGUAUAUAUCUCAAUCUGAUUUUCAAAAGGUCCAGAAAACUUUAAACAAAGUUUGGUGGAUCAAUACACUUGAAAACACUAUUGCACCAAGCAUCCUAAGAAGCAACCGAAACAUCUCAAUCUGAACAGAUGACGAGUUGCAUCAAAAGCAAAAGGGGAAAGCAAAAGCAAAA